UCCACCCAGAACCUCCACCCUCUGACACCAUGGUCAGCUCCUGUUGUGGCUCUGUCAGCUCUGAGCAGAGCUGUGGCCUGGAGAACUGCUGCUGUCCCAGCUGCUGUGAGACCACCUGCUGCAGGACCACCUGCUGCCGCCCCAGCUGCUGUGUGUCCAGCCGCUGCAGACCCCAGUGCUGCCAGUCUGUGUGCUGCCAGCCCACCUGCUGCCGCCCUAGCUGCUGCAUCUCCAGCUGCUGCCGCCCCUCUUUCUGUGAAUCCAGCUGCUGCCACCCCAGCUGCUGUGUCCCACCUGCUGCCGCCCCAGCUGCUGCCAGACCACCUGCUACAGGACCACCUGCUGCCGCCCCAGCUGCUGUGUGUCCAGCUGCUGCAGACCCCAGUGCUGCCAGUCUGUGUGCUGCCAGCCCACCUGCUGCCGCCCCAGCUGCUGCAUCUCCAGCAGCUGCUGCCCCUCUUGCUGUGAAUCCAGCUGCUGCCGCCCCUGCUCCUGCCUGCGUCCAGUCUGUGGCCGAGUCUCCUGCCACACCACUUGCUAUCACCCAACCUGUGUCAUCUCCACCUGCCCCCGCCCCUUGUGCUGUGCCUCCUCUUGCUGCUAAUCUCUCCUUAUGAUAUUUGUCAUACUAUGAAUAUCUUCAUUAGUCAUAUAAAAUUCACUGUAGCCAGCCAGUCACUGGAAAAAUGAACACUUCCCUGCCAGUUUGUCUCAUGUGGCAUUCAGAGUGGACAUUCAGCUCUUCUAGGAAAUGACAGACAUAAACACAUUCAUUAAAAUAUGUUAUGCCAGGCCCCAAUGUAGUUAUUUUUAGAUGAGCAGUGUCUUAUUCGAAGGGGACACUAACUGUGAUGAUCUCAUAUAAUAUUGUUUUCAUGUAUUAAUAAACAGCCAUUUCCCUAA